AUGAGUGGGAAUGAUUCUGACGUGAGCAAUCUAAGAGAUUCAUUGAAUAGGUGGAAUGAAUCGAGAAAUAACCAUUCACAGGGGUUCAAUGAGGGAGCUAAAACGAUAUUUGCCAGUUGGGCGGAUUCUAUAAACGAAAGGGCUCAGGAUGUUUACCAAAGACUACCUUUAACACAGCAGGAUCUAACGACGAAUCCAGAACCGGAGUGGUUUUCAUUGAGUAGGACAGAAAGACUAUCUUUAUUUGUAUGCUUUGUUUUGGGGUCGGUAGCGUGCUUUACCAUUUGUGUGUUUUUGUUCCCAGUACUAGCAGUGCAACCUAGAAAGUUCGGACUUCUUUGGUCCAUGGGUUCGCUAUUAUUCGUUUUGGCGUUUGGGGUUUUGCAAGGACCCAUUGCAUACAUGAAGCAUUUGACAUCAAGGGAACGGUUGCCAUUCACUGUGUUUUUCUUUACGUCAUGCUUCAUGACCAUAUACUUUGCUGCGUUUACCAAAAGCACUCUAUUGACCAUUCCUUGUGCUGUAUUAGAAUUGAUUGCUGUUAUCUACUAUGCAGUUUCGUAUUUCCCAUUCGGGGGCGCAGGGCUAAGGAUGAUCAGUUCAAUUGGUGUGAACCAAGCUCGUGGCGUGUUGCGCAUCUAA